AUGUCUGUCUUCGGGCCUGCCAACAUUCCAUUGCACACUCUUUCAUCGUCGUCACGGCAUCUGCGCAACACCAGCAGCGCUUCAUCGUUUGACGAGAAGCGAUACUCUGACGGUAGCCGUCACCGGCGCUCGUCCGACUCUGCCCACAGCGACUUUAGUCUUUGGAGCGACACGGGUGAUCUGGUUGACCAGUUUGACAACGAAGACGACCCCCUACGCGCUGCUCUCAACCCGCAGCACCAGAGCCCCAGUAGUCGUCGUAAGAACACCAAGCACGUUCGCUACCAGAGCGGAACCAAAGAGGGUGCAAUCAGCAAGAACGACAUUCCCAUCCCCAACCCCCCACCGCGCCAAAUCUCCCAAGCCGAACGCAUCCUCGCCUUCAUCAUGGCUCCUAAUGAUGGCCCCUCGCGCAUGCAUGGCCUUCAUGGCAAGAAGCUCAUCUACUUCACCUCGGUCUUUGUCUCGUUAGGUGUCUUCCUGUUUGGUUAUGACCAGGGUGUCAUGAGUGGUAUCAUCACCGGCAUGUACUUCAAGGGCUACUUCAACCAGCCUACAAGAGCAGAGAUUGGUACAAUGGUUGCCAUUCUCGAGGUUGGCGCUUUCAUAUCCUCUCUGGGUGUAGGCCGUAUUGGUGACAUACUCGGUCGUCGUCGCACCAUCCUCUACGGAGCUGUCGUCUUCGUCAUUGGUGGUGCUUUCCAGACUUUUGCUACCGGCAUGCCUAUGAUGAUGCUCGGUCGUAUCAUUGCUGGUCUCGGUGUUGGUGCUCUGUCGACAAUCGUGCCUGUCUACCAAUCUGAGAUUUCACCACCCCAUAACCGCGGAAAGCUUGCUUGUAUCGAGUUCUCGGGUAACAUUGUUGGUUACGCCUCGAGUGUCUGGGUUGACUACUUUUGCUCCUUCAUCCACAAUGACUGGAGUUGGAGACUUCCUUUGUUCAUGCAGUGUGUCAUGGGCUCCUUGCUCAUCCUUGGUUCUUUCCUGAUCUGCGAAUCUCCUAGGUAUGUUUUGCUCUUCUUGCUAGAUAUGAUCGGUGCUGACAAAUACAAANGAUGGCUGCUGGACAAUGAUCACGACGAGGAAGGUAUUGUCGUCAUUGCUAACCUCUACGGUAAGGGCGAUAUCCACAACCAAAAGGCGCGUGACGAGUACCGCGAGAUCAAGAUGAACGUGCUGCUGCAGCGUCAAGAAGGUGAGCGCAGCUACAAGGACAUGUUCAAGCGCUACUACAAGCGUGUCUUCAUCGCCAUGUCUGCACAAGCUCUUGCUCAGCUCAACGGUAUCAACGUUAUCUCAUACUACGCUCCUCUGGUCUUUGAGCAAGCUGGAUGGGUUGGCCGCGAUGCUAUUCUCAUGACCGGUAUCAACGGCCUCACCUAUCUGCUUUCCACAGUACCUCCAUGGUACCUUGUCGACCGUCUCGGUCGCCGUCCCAUCCUGAUGUGGGGUGCUGUCGCUAUGAUCAUCUCGCUCUCGGCCAUAUCAUACUUCAUCUACAUCGAUAUUCACCUUACCCCGCGUAUGGUCGUUAUCUUUGUCGUCCUGUAUAAUGCAGCAUUUGGAGCGUCAUGGGGUCCCAUUCCUUGGCUCUACCCACCUGAGAUUCUGCCUUUGAGCAUCCGUGCUAAGGGAGCUUCUCUGUCUACAGCGUCGAACUGGGCUUUCAACUGGCUUGUCGGAGAACUUACCCCGAUCCUUCAGGACCUCAUCCAAUGGCGACUGUACUUGAUGCAUGCAUUCUUCUGUGCUGUCUCGCUCGUCGUGGUCUAUUUCCUUUUCCCCGAGACAGCCAACGUUCGUUUAGAAGACAUGAACAGCAUCUUUGGAGACGCUUCUACUGUGGCUCCCUCACCACAGACCCUCGCUGAGGCCGAGUCACUGUUCAGCAGAAGUCCUCCAGCUUCCAUCCAUCUCGAUCGUGAUGGUAAUGCACCUCAAGACGCUAAUAUCCCCGACCUUGACAUCGAUCCACCUGCCGUUGACGUGCAAAACGGCAAGCCCAUGCUCAGCAAAGACAGUGACUUUGAGGGUCUAGGAGGCUGGAUCUCUAACCUUGUCAAGAAGGGCAAGGGAGAUGGCGCUUCUUCUCAUGCAGGAGGUAGUGGAAGAUAUAGACGUGUUGGACAGGAUGAAGACUAG